GAAAAUAUUAAAAAUUAGCGGGAGGUGAUUGACACGUGAUCCUGUGACGUUAUCCGCUAGGACAUCCCAACCAGGAAAUGAAAGUGAACGUCGAAUAAGGAAAGCUUGGUGCCUAAUUCCACAUUUUGUUUUCGAUGGCAGCGGGCGCCUGGCACGCGCCAACGCCGUGAGAGUCGCGACAUUCCGCGACGGGCGGCGUCAUGUUCGGACGCAGCUUCCAGGACGACUCCCCUGGGUAGACGCCAGUGUGACCAAAUCAAAAUCCCCCCCCCCCCCACCACCACCACCACAGCCGCCGCAGGGUCCCCCAGUGCCCCCCAUCCCCGCAUCCUCGUGGAUGUGUUGCUUCAGCAUCCAUUGUUUGACUUUAGCGCGAUGCUAGCCACUAGAAGUGCCGAGGAUGAGUCCCCGGAGGUGGAAGAGAUGGACACCCUGGAGCCCAACUGGUGCUGGUUCUACCUGGCCGAGUGCGGGGUGUGGCACAUGUUUGAGAUCGACCCGAGCGCCGCCUGCUCCGUGACCAGCGCUCAGAUUGAGCAGUGCUACAACCGGAACCAGCGCGGCGUCAUGGAGUUCUACACCGCCAAGUACACGUACCGGCUGGACUUCUCGGUCAUGCGCCAGAUCAACCUGACGACUGGGAAGCAGCGACCGAUCAAGCGCUCCCUCCACUCGGCGACCGGUUUCAGGUUCAUUUGCGACAACCUGGCCUUGCCUGUGCCGUGCCACUGGGAGAGGAUCAACACGGAUGAGCCCUAUCAGCUCAUCCAGUUGGGCCGAGACACCUACGAGUUCAAAGAAGUGGCCCGGCUUUACGAAAGGACCAUGGAUCGGCCCAUCAAAUCCAUCCAGAGGAUCCAGAACUUGGACUUGUGGGAGUUCUUCUGCAGGAAGAAAACGCAGUUGAGAAAGUUGAAGCGGACUCUGGACAUCGAGGAGCGGAUGCUUUUCCACGGCACGGGACACAACAACAUCCAGGCCAUAUGCAUGUUCAACUUUGACUGGCGGCUCACGGGAAGCAACGGCGACGUCUACGGCAAAGGGAGCUACUUCGCUCGGGACGCCAAGUACUCGAGUAAGUUCUGCCACAACACGGGCAAGCACAACAGCAACCUGCAGCGGCACGGCCUGGCGCCGCCCAUCUUCGCCAGCGAGCCGUCGUACAAGAGCAUGUUCCUGGCGCGGGUGCUGGUGGGCGAGUACACGCUGGGCCACCCGCUGUACUGCCGCCCCCCGUCCAAAGACACCAGCCUCACCAACUUCUUCGACAGCUGCGUGGACGACACGGCCAACCCGAAAAUCUACGUCAUCUUCGACAGCAACCAGAUAUACCCCGAGUACCUGAUUGAAUUUUACUGAAAAUUGCGUGCGGUCCCUUUCCCGGCGCUCCAAGCGAUGUCAAGGCGAUCUUUGUGCCUAAGUAGAGCAUGAAUUAUCUCAAGUGCCUUCGAAGAGGAUAACGACAAUUCUGUGAGCCCCCCCCCCGACCCCCCAUCCCCCGGCCCCACCCUUCACUGCGACUACACAGGACGUGGACACUAAAUAAGUCCCCAAAAGAAAAAUCAACAACGAAACUUGACUUUGACAUCAAUCUCGGUGGCUGUUUUGUGCAAAUAUAAUCCAUGCAGAACAUCCUCAUGGUCCCCACAUGUGUAGCACUGUCAACGACAAGUAGAGCGCAACACUGAAUGUCGCUUAGCUACGUGUGCUUAACAAAUCAUCUUGUUAAGAUGUUACAUUACUUUGUGCGCGUGUGUGUGUGUGUGUGUGUGUACAGUGCCGGUUCUCGUGUAGAGAGGAAUAAGAAGUGACUGAGUUCGCCACAAGGUGGUGCAAUAGUACACGUAUGGUUUCAGAGAAACUGUUGUCAAUUUGUGUUAAGUCUGUAAUUUGCACAUCGUGUGACUAAUAAACUUUUUUUUUUUG